AUCAUUUAGAUCGUCAGUCGGGCACGCAAGCCCGAUGCGCACACACGUGUAGUCAGCGCCCUAGUGACGGUUCGCGAAUAACUCAAGUGCCUGUUAUGUGAUUGUGGGAUUCGGGAACUGAAUUACGUUAUUUUUGGAUUUUUUUAAGAUACUCCCGAAUGCACAGGAGCUACGAUGGGCCAUAAACCGUAUAUAGCCGUGGGCCAGUCGGCCAGGAAUAGACUGUUCGGGUGGGCGCCCCGGAUAUCCGGGGACAAACAGGUGCCGCUUAGCAUGCUGAUAUCACAACAGGGAAAAAUAAGUCAUGGUCGUGUCGCUGUGAUUAUGUUCAGUAUAUGCACUGUCGUGCUCGGAAUCAUUCUGUCCUUCGUACCCUGGCUGGAUUAUAUCAUAUUUAGGGAACUCAGGCUCUGGAACGGUUCAAUAAGCUACAGUUACUGGCAGAAACCCGGAGUGAACAGACUGACCAAAGUCUACAUCUUCAACGUUACCAAUCCCCAGGGAUUUAUAGAGAAUGGUGAAAAGCCAAAACUGGUGGAAGUCGGACCUUUUGUGUAUAGAGAGAACAUGGAGAAGGUGAACAUCAAAUUCCAUGACAACGACACAGUCACAUACCAACACAACAAGAUACUGCGCUUCGUGCCGGAGCUGUCUGUUGACAAGAACCUCAAGCUGGUGGUGCCGAACAUCCCCUUAUUGACAGUGACUUCUUUCUCCCAUCACAUGGCUGGCUUCCUUUUCAACAUGUUCGUCACUGGUCUUGAUCUCACAUAUAGGGAGAGGGCCAAGCCUUUUGUCGACGUCACAGCAGAGCAGCUGGUUUUUGGGUACAAUGACCCGCUCGUGGCGCUCGCGCACAUCUUCUAUCCAAAAGGAAAAAGACCUAACAGCCAAAUGGGAUUAUUAUUAGCUAGAAACGGCACCCUCGACGAAGUGUCCACAAUCUACACUGGACACAAGAGCAUGGAGAGGUUUGGAUAUCUGGACAAAGUGAACGGAUUGGACCACAUCCCCCACUGGAAGGACAAGCCCUGUAAUAAUUUAAGGGCUUCGGAAGGUUCGUUCUUCCCUCCCCGGUCGGUGACUAAGGAAGAUAUAGUCAACAUUUACGACAAGGAUCUGUGCAGGAUCAUGCCCCUACAGUACAGAAAGGAUGUAUACAAAGAUGGCAUCCAAGCGGGGUUGUACACGCCUCCGGAGUCGACGUUCGAGUGCGCCGACAAGAAUCCUGACAAUAAAUGCUACUGCCAGGGCGAGUCCUGUCCACCCAGAGGGUUGCAGAACAUCAGUCCGUGUCAAUAUAACGCUCCAGUAUACCUCUCGUACCCUCACUUCUACGACGCGGAUCCUUCGCUACUGGCUCCGUUUGAAGGGCUCAACCCUGAUAAACAGAAACACGAAUCAUACUUUUUGAUACAACCGAAAAUUGGCGUGCCUCUAGAAGGAUUUGUCCGAGUGCAGCUGAACAUGAAGGUAGACAAGGCGCCCAAUGUGUACAUCAAUAGUAUCGACAAAUUUCCCAACAUCAUUUUCCCGGUCAUGUGGCUUGAAGAGGGGAUACCGGAAAUCACCACUUCUAUUUGGCGAUGGAUAUACCUCGCCACCACGGUCGGGCCCGUCGCCGCUCCUCUCAUCACCUACACUCUAAUCGUGGGAGGUCUAUUAGCCCUGGCCAUCAUCUUCGUCAAAGCAUACAAAAGCGUCGUCAUAGGACAAAACUCCCUAGAAAUUGUGGAAAUAGGCAGGGAAACAUUAAGAAGAGGGUCAACUCUGAUCCACAGUACCAAAAUGAAGCAGUACCAAGCCUUAAAGAAGCAAGGGAGACACCAAGAACUGACCUUUGUCAGCAGUCCAGAGCUGAGCAGGAGUUUGGAUGAGUUCAGGAAUAUGAUGCGUCCAGAUUUCGUAAGGUCUUCGUUUGGGGACGCCGAGAGAGAGUCCCUGAUAAGGUCAGAUAACACCUUCAUACUCUCAGAACACAAAAGAUUCGAGGACAGUUAAGUUUAUUUAAUGUAAAAUUUAUAAGCAGUAUUUUUUGUUUGGACUGGUUUUUUUUCGUUAAUAAAGUUGAUGAAUAGCGAACAAAUUGACGGUUGGACAUAAUUAUUACGUAACCAUGUCUAGAUCUGAUUUAAAAAAUAGUAGAUUUUUUUGUUUUAAUUAUCAGAUACCGGAUUAAGUCAAUAUCUAAAGUUCUAUAUUUAUUUCGUAAAUCUAUAAUUUUAUGAAGUGUAGCAGAGUUCCAUGUGAGUACAGAGCACACGUUUUAAAUUCGACAUAUAGCACUCAGACAAGAUUAGUAAUUAUUCAUUUUUUUCUCAACCUUAAUAGAUUCCUUUGCUUUUCAUGACAAACCAGCUCUAUUAGUUCAUUAACAACAAAUAUGAUUUAUUGUAUAUUCAAUAAUUCCAAUCGCAUCAUAACUCAUAUAAAGUAAUUUUCGAAUAUGAAAUCUAUAAUUAAUUAUGUCCAUUAUUAAUUCAUAUGCCUAGGUAUUAUAUAACACAAGAAAAAACCAGUUCGAAAUAUUAUCUAUAAUGUUUUCUAAGUGUAUAUAAAGCUCUUGAAAUUGUAUGUAAAGUGAGCAGUUAUAAAAACGUCGCAAAAAAACGCGGCGUUUGUAUUUGAAACGCGGGACGAUGAGAUGCGGUAUCACUGAAUAACUGUUACAAAUAAAAAAGGUACAAUAAUUCAACAUCCGGAAGAUAGUAAUUCGCACCUUUAGAACUAAAGUGAUCUAACUCAAUAAUUAUAUACAUUCUGGUUUUGUUAAAAAAUACGUCAUUCCAAUGCAUGCUCUAUAAUUUUAUGACGAGAAAAAAGACAAAUUUAUAGAAUAGAAACAGAGAUUCUCACUUUCGACGACCACCUAAUUCACUGCCUUCUAUAUUUGUUUUCAAUUGUUUUUUAAUUCGUUUGCCGCAAAUCGUAUUGUUUGAAUUAGGUCACCUUAGUUCUAAGAGUGUGAUAUGUGACGAAUAAUUAUCUGGUCGAAAUAACUCGAACAAAAAUGCUAAACUGACGUGCCAUUCCGAUUUUAUCGAUUAAAAUGGGUAUAACAGAACAAUCUUUUUUGGCAUGUUUUCAAAUCACUUGUUUUGAUGGAGUUAUUCCCGGGAUCGGAGAUUAAAUUUGGGUUCGUGUAUUGUAUUGUAAUAGACUAGAAGCCAAUCCAUCCCAAUAAGCAUGCGCAGGACCUUUUGAAAGCCGGACUAACAAUAAUUCUUAUGAAUUUUAAACGUUGACCCUCGUGUCUUCGUGUUACCUAACUUUUUACGUUCAGUGGACUGUCUCUGUGGCGUAGUUUUUAAUUUUAUAUAUUUGUAUUGCAUGCGUGGUACGACACUCUGAAGUCCUGGGUUUAAUUCCCAGAUCGGACAGCGAUAUUGGGUACUUGAGCUUAGUAUCUUGUAGCUGAGUAGUAAAUGUUUUGUUUGGUGGAAUAUCAAUAGCGCAUCUCAUCGACCCUAGUUGUUAGUUUAAGCUAAUUUCGGGGUUACGUAUGUUACGAUUAAGGGUUUUAUGACUGAAUACGGUUCCGAUUUUAAUGGAAUCUUAUGUAGUAUAAAUAAAUAUUGCUCAUUUAAUGUAAGCACGUAUAUGUUGAUGUAAAUGUUGAAAGAUCCAGUUUUCGCCAAAAUAGAACGUAACUAUAUAAGAAUAGAAUCGAAAUACCAAUCAAUGACAAAUGGUUAAGGGAUUUAAAAGGGAUGAAAAUGUACGAAAUUUCAAUUGAAAUUGUAGCCAAAUAAAGCAUUAUUUUGACCCAUUAAGUUAAUAUUGGCCCGGUUUUCUUUCGUAUUAACGUUGUCAUACAAAACCAAAACACAAGCAUCGUUAACUUUUUUGGAAACCCCAGAAAUUUAUUUUAUUUAUUACUGUUGUGUAUAAGGGAUAUUUGCUAAAUAAUAGAGGCCGUCGAUUAAUAUUACCGCAAAACUUUAUAGUCAGACAGAGUCAAGAUGACAGUGUACAGAACAAUGCUUGGGAUUGUUCUAAUGCCGGCGCCACACGUAGCAAAAAUAUUUUAACACUUGUUUGAACUCAUGUGUGGCACAGGUAUUUGCGUAUUUGUGCAAAGUUCGUUUAAAUGUUUGCGUAUUUGCCAUUCGGUAUCGGUUUUUCAACCACACAUCAAACGUUCAAAGUUAUCGAAUUGCUUAAAAGAGAACAGAUUAUAUGGAAACCUAAAAGUAAAAGCCUUAAACAUUGAAAUUUGGCCAGUGUCUGUAACCGUGUUCAAGUGUGUGGCAAAGUCUUUGUUCAAAUAUUUGUCGUGUGUGGCGCCGGCAUAAGAGUUAGUGCAAGACCAUAGACAAUCCCAUAGAUUAAAUUUAUCGCCUUUUACUCAACAGUUAUGAUUUUCCAAUGACCCAAGGGCUAGCAACCGAUUUAAUAGACCUUAUGGUUAGAGCUCACUAUUGUCCAUACACACAAUAGGUAUCAAAGGAAUAAUGGCUGCGUUACCUUUUAUUAAAUAGGGAAGGGAAGAUACAAAUAUAUCUACCCUAAAUAAAUGAUGUAUUUUUCAACAUUUAUAUCUAAACGAAAAGGUACUCAAUGAUGUGGUGAAGGAAUACAUCAAACAUUUUAACUAAAAUCAUUUUGGGACCAAUCCUCAGAGGUUUGGGACCAUGAUAGGGAGCAAACGUGAUAGCCUUGAUAGUUAAUCAUCUAUCAAUUUGUAAAGAAAUUACUGGCAUAAUAAAAUGGAAUAAAAAUACUUUAUAACAAGUAGCUCUGUGACACCAGCACAAUAUGUGAUCUGUAACAAAGAUAAUUGGAUACGAAAAAAAUACUUAUAUAAUUGAUUCUGAAGAGGAGUAAAUGUUGAUUUAAAACAACCGCUUUCAAAAAACAAAUUUGAGACCUUCCUAUCGGCGAUGAGCGUUUCCUAUCUCCAGAAUUAUCAGUCCAAAUAAAAUAUAGCUCCAAACUCCAUCUGCAACAGUUUAAAUCAUCGGAAAACUAUUAACAACAUGUCCUGAGGCUACAAAAUGGCUAUGCAUAGGUAUUCUGAUAUUUACAACAAAUAAUAUCUUGCCAGUAAAGAAUAUUGUGAUUUAAAAACCAGAUUCGAGUGAUUCAGACUUGCCGUAAAAAAAGCCUAUUUAUAUAACCUAAGAAUGAAUAUAAAAUAUUGGAUAUAAACUAACAAAUCAUUCCUAAAAAAGGAACUAAACAAAAUUUGAGGACCACUGGCAUGAACUUAAUAACUUGAAUAUGUGAUAUAUUAUUAAAUAACUCUAAAUGUUGCUCAAUACUUAACAUAUGUAUAAUGUGCCUUAAAUUCUUAUUUAGUUUUAAACUAAAUGUGUUCUCAAAACAUAACUGUAAUUUUCAUUAUUUCUAUAGAAAAAUAUUCCCGGUGAGCAAAAAUGUGUCAAAAAAAAUACUAAGUAUACUUAUCAUAACUCAUUCCCAAAUUUUUUGUAAAGGAUUAACAGUUUAAUUACGUAGAAACUUACGAAUGUUUGGAAUAUUUGUGAAGUCUGCCAACUAGCACUAGGCCAGCGUGGUGGACUAAAGCCUAAUCCCUCUCAGUAGUAGAGGCUCGUGCCCAGCAGUGGGACAGUUAUUACUAUUGUUGCGUCUUACUUAACACACGUAUUCUUCACAGUAAUGAAAAUUACAGUUUUUGUUUUACAAAUAAGAAACGAUAAAAAUAUUAUGUAAAUGGUUCAAAAUACUGAUGAAUUUAACAAAACGUGAGUGUAACGUGAGCUACGUAUAGCUUUAAUAGGUAAAUAAAUGUUUAUGUCCGACAUUAUAAUCAGAUUUCGCUACUAAUUGGCAUAAUAUUUAUUUAUAGCAAA